AGCGGAGGCUGUGCUAGUAUAGUGAAGAUGCGGUGGCCCGUACCGCCUCUUGGGUACCUGCUGCUGGGCGGACAGGGCCUGUUGCUCACCUUCUCGCUUAUUUCCUCUCAGAAUAACACCAGCCCUGUAACCUACCCGGACAUCAACGUUAGUGCCGCUCCGGAGGCCAGGGACCCUCUGGGACCUCUAGUCUUGUGCUCUUACCUGCCAGAAGAAUUUGUAGAGUGUGAUGAUCCCGUGGACCACAUGGGUAAUGGAACUGCACAGCAAGAGCUUAGAUAUGGCUGUAAGAAGUUCGGAGGUCAGGCAUAUGGUGAUGUGGAGCACACACAGGUGAUGUGCCGGGCUUUAGAUGGGAUAGAAUGUGACGGCUCUCGUUCUUUUCUGCGAGGGAACAGACCUUGUAUUAAAUACACAGGACACUAUUUCAUCACUACCCUCCUGUAUUCCUUCUUCCUUGGCUGCUUUGGAGUCGAUCGUUUCUGCUUGGGUCACACGGGCACAGCGGUGGGCAAGCUCCUCACAUUGGGGGGGUUGGGAAUCUGGUGGUUUGUGGAUCUUAUUUUGCUCAUUACCGGGGGUCUCAUGCCAAGUGACAACAGCAACUGGUGCACCAUCUACUGACCUUCUCCUUGAGGAUCAUCCGUUCUGUAGGAUUGCGACAACAUCUCAGGACGGGGGGAGAAAGAAGACCGGGAGAGUGUAUCACGGGCUUCCCUACCAGGGAAUUUAUGCCAAAUACAGAAUUUUAAACACAGUUUUGUAAACUAAAAUCCAACUGAUUGCCCUUCAAAUAGUUACAACUGGAGGAUUGUAUCUAAAGCCUUUGUAGUCUGCCAAGGGGCAAAAUUCAGCCCUGUGACUACUGAGGCCACCAGAUAUCAGACUGGCUGUAGGCAAUUAUUCUCCCUCUUAAAGGAGAACUAAAGCCUAACUAAAUAAUUAGGCUGGUGAUUUUGUACAUUAUGUUUUGCGCUUCUGUACCAGCCCAAGGCAACUACAGCCCUUUAGCUGUAAAGAUCUGUGUCUCCAAAGAUGCCCCAGUAGCUCCCCAUCUUCUUUUCUGCUGAUUCACUGUACAUGCUCUGUGCUGCUGUCACUUACUGAGCUUAGGGACCCACUCACAAUAUACAGUACACAUAGAAUAGAAAUGUCACAAUAUAAGGCUGAUUAGUAAUUAAUACAGAUAAUUACUACAUGGCAGCACAGAAACCAGUGCAAUUAGCAUCAGAAUUUAAUAAUCAGCCCUGUAGCAUCAGCUUCUAUUACAGACCAACCUCAUUUUCUGCUGGAUAAUUAGUGACGAGCUCUAAGCUUAGCUUCUCAACAGCUGCUCAGAGCCCACUGAGCAUGUGAGUGUCACAGACACUUUCCAAGAUGGUGACCCCCUGUGACAAGUUUGAAGUCCUGGAUCAUUGCUGCUAGUAAGUUCAUUAUAUAAAAUAUGCCAUUUUUUUAGGGUUUAGUUCUUCUUUAAGGACAGAGUUUUACUCUCUGGCCUAUGGUUUCUAUGGGGUGGCUUUCUACAUCUUUGUCUGUGACUAUAUCAACAGAGUAUGUACCUGGAUUUGCACUGAUCCUUGUGUAAUGUACAAUGAUGUAAAUAAGUAGUACGUUGAAUGCAAUUUCAUAUAAAUUAUAAUUAACACA